UGGGUCGGCGAGGCGCAUGCGCAUGCGCACUUCGCCUCGCGCGGACCGCGGUUCGCCACCGAUGCUGGUGAAGGGGGUGCGCGAAGAGAGGCGGCUGAACUCACCGCCGAGCCAUGGAAGUGUCCGAGGAGCAGAGCGUCCGCGUCCCUCCUAUUGUGACAACGCCUCCGCAUCCUGGAGUGAAGGAAGAGCUAUUAAGCCAAAGCAGCAGUGGGACCCAGAUUUCAAAUGCCAGUGGGUUUUCCUUGGGAGAAGCAAUCAGACAGAGAUCUGCUAUUAACCGGGAGAUGGAAGCAUGGUACCAUCCUUGCGCAGAAAUAGAUACUAGCAAUGUGGCAGUGACCCUGGGGAGGAGGCUUGGCCAGACGGUUGGGGUCUGUGAGCUGACUGAGUUUCCCAGUAUGGAAGAAGGCUUGAUUAUACCAACAGAAGACUCUAGAAGUCAGCUCGCACCCAACUUGACACACUCUCCACUUUUGGAAGUUCAGGACAGUUGCUUCUCUCCCAACCUCCCACUGCUGACAACCUACUCCACACAAGGUCGUACCUUCUUCAACGAGACCCUCUUUCAGACUGGAAUGGAUUUUGCUCCUUUGAGAGGGACUCCAGAUGUUUCUGGUACUGCUUCAGCAGAGAGUUCGAGGCCCUUGCAGAUGAGUGAAGCUGUGCAGCUGGCAGCCACAGACGUUGGCUCAGACCUUUCUAGUGAAGGCUUCUUUCUGUCUCAGCAUCCUCUUGCUGGGUGUCAUGGUGUUGAGAGCAAUGCCAGCCUUGGCAGCUGUCUGUCCCAGCUCCCCACUUCUCUUUCUGAGUAUACAGAUAUGGAACAGAAGGAAGCUGAAGAAGAGCAAAUGCCUCACCUUGAUGCUGGCACUAAAACCUUGAUCUCUAGCAAUGAAAGUGUUGGGCCCCAAAGUUCGCAGAAGGUGCUAAAUCAGCAACUGGCAGCACCUCUUCCUUCAAGAGAGUCCCAGGGAAUUGCCUCAGGCCACGAUCUGUUCCGUUUGGACAGCAAUGUGCCAGCGCCUCUCCUCCUUGAAAUGCUGGAAAAAGAAGUGGGGUUAUCGAAGUACUGUGGGUUCUUGUCAUCUUCUGAGAGCUCCUCUUGUAAAAGUGUUUUGGGACAGGAUCCAGAAGGCAACGAAAUGAGUCAGCUGACCAAAACUGUAGCUCUGGUGGAGACGGAAGCAGACACACUUGGGGUAUUGCAUCAGCAAGGAGCAAGAGCCAUUCCUGAACUUGAUUCAUUGAGACUGCUCUCAGAGUCAGAGGGGAAGCCAGUCAGAAAUGUCAGUGUAUCAGAACAAUCAUGUGCAAACACUUCACAGGGAUCGGUGGCUUUCAAGGGGCGUAGUAUGGAUUUAGGGGACUCUUGUGUCAUUGCUGGGAUAUCUCCAAGACUGUCACUGAAGCAGCAGCCAAUGCAGCAGAUUUCUAAAGGAGUGUUUGAAGAACAAAAAAGAGAGCUUGUUUCAGCUAUGGCUGACUGUAGACUUAGUGCCCCUGCACCCCUCCAGCUAAUCACUAUGAGUGCAGAACGCGUCAAUUCAUGCAGAGAGCAGAUGAAUGCCAUGAUGGGAAUUCAGAGCAGAGCAGGCAAAAGUGAAUUAACACUUUCAGACUUUGUCGUAGAGAGAGAGCAUAAAAAUACAGGAAUUUCACCUUCCUUUAAUGAGGGGUCAUUCUUUGGUCAGCUGGCUCAUCCCAUUCAUCAUUCUACUCCAGGGGUUUUUACCACCAGAAGCUUGAAACAGGAAGCGCCUGGUGCAGCGCUCCCAGUCAAACCCACUCUUCAGUCCUCUCUUCCUCAUUUACAUGAGGAGACUUCUAAGAGUCCUUGUGUCACUGUGUGCAUUCCUUCUGUGGAAGAGCCUCGUGGACCUUCUGUGGAUAACACUCGUGUGCCUUCAUCUGAGGAGCCUCUUACACUUCAAAGUGGGCAAGAUGCUAAACAUGAAAAUAGUGAUUAUCUUGCAGCUCUACAUCCUCUUAAAAGUAGGAUUUACUCUUUACCAUCUCUUAACUUCAUGGAGAAAGUAGGGGCAUGGAAUGUGAGCCAGUCAGCUGAGAGGAUGUCUGAUGCUUUGGCUUUAGGGGGUGUAGGUGGCAUUUCUCCUAGGCAGAAGGCCUACAGUGCUAUUGCCGAUUCCUUAAAUCACAUUUUAUUAAAGCAGCAGAGCCAGGUUGAGCUUAAGGAAGGGCUGGCUGCAUCAGUUUGUGGGCCAAGCUCCAUGGCUGGUUUGCACACCUACAACAAAAAGUCACCAUGUGUUUUACCACUUACUAGGUCUCAGUCUGAAAACUCUGUGGUUGUAAUUAGCAGGGAGAUUUCAAGGGCCGAAGCUGGUCCUGAAACAAAUCCAGAUGAUGCUGUCCAAGCAGCAGAAGACAAGAACACUGUUGUAAGAGCUCCUGGAUUUAAGAGAAGUGAUGCUGAUGCUGAAGACCCAAUUACUCAACAUUAUACAGCUGUUCUGGUCUCCACUGUGUCCAGUGAUGAGGAAAGUAUUUCUAGAGGAAGGAGUUCAAAUCCAGAUCUGUUUGUUACCAGUGAAAGGGUUGCUGAACUUCUCAGAGAAGAAGCCGGCUCUCUUAAUGGUGAUCAAGAAAACUCUGAUGGCUCUCCGGAUAAUACCAGUAAGUUGCCUGGUUUUCAUCUUGGCACCAACCAGAUCAGCAUGGGUCACUUCAGUGAUGUUUCUCCAGAUAGUUUGAACCAAGUAACUAGUUCUGAGGCAGGCAGCUGUGCUGACUUGAGACUUCCUUCAAGACAAUCUUCAAGAAGAUCUUCAGCUGUUUCUGGAAGGUUGCACAGUAGUUUGGAAGAUAUAUUAAAAACUCCAGAUGACAGAGAGUUAAAUAUAGAAGAGAGAAUACCUGUAUACCUCCGUAAUCUGGGCAUUGAUCAGUCACCUUCAUCUAUACUGACUCCAUUUAUGCUCCGAGGUCCCAUCCGAGAAGUAGAAUUCUCUCCAACUGAGCUCAGAACACUGAAGGCAUCCACUGAUAUAUUAACCCAGCAUUUGCAGGCAUCAGAAGGAGAUUCUCGCUCGGUGAUGGAUGUUAUGCAAUCCAGCUUUAAUUCUUCCAGUCUUGGCGUGCCUGUUCCAGUGAGGUCCAGUACUGACCCUGAGCCUCCACUACUGCCUAUAGAGCUCUCGCCAAAGCCUCCCAGAGAGGUGCUUAGUCAAUGCGGUGUUACCUGCUCUCAACUGAAGCAGCAUGCUCCUACACCAUACCUUCUAGAGAAUACUUUUGAGUUUCCAGCUGUUCCAAAGUCAGCAGAACAGAGUCAGAUAAUUCCAGCAGAUUCAUCCAGUGUUCUUCCUGACAAUGAGAGAUCCACAAAAUGUGUUCAGAUGCUGAUGGAGAGGUUUGACUUAAAGGAACUUGAUGGGAGUCAAGAAAAACUGGCUUCCAGCUCUUUGUCUCGAGAAAAGGAUGAAAUGGUUAUAAAUGAAGAAACCAGUUCUGCCAGUGUAGUUCCUGAUGGAGAAAGAGAUGAUUCCUUUCUAGGAUCAAAAACACUGAAGGAAAUAGACAAACUUUUGGCAGAGGCAGAAAAUAAAACUCUGAGCAGAAGCAUUAUUCCUGCCUCAUCCAUCUCCUCCACAGAUCUGGGCAGCUCAUUAACACAAAGUAAAAAGAUCGAAGACUGUGAAGAUUCUGUCUCGGUUAAGCAGAGUAAUCCAGGGCUUCAGAGAAUGUGGUCCUGGGAUGAAGCCUUCACCAGGCAAAGUGUUUGCAAAGAGAAUGCGUCCCCCAAAACCCUUAGUUUAACUGGUAGCUUAAAAUGGGGAGAUCUGCAUGCUGCAGACUAUCACAGCAAUGAACAAAUUGUGGAAGGAAAGUCUAUACCAAGAUCCCAAAUAUCGGAUGAAGGAUAUGGGCUGGCAAAACAAGUCGUGCGAUCAGAGCCAGAAGGCUGUAAUAAUGUGGCACCAAACACUAACCUGCCUGUUUUUGUAAGUGGUGCUGGAGAUGGCAAAUCUUAUAACCCCAGAGAGAUCAAAGAAUUACAGGCUGUUUCUAGUGCCCAGCCCUUGGACGGCACCUCUGAUAUGGUGGGAGAUUUUCACCAAGUCUCAGAGAAAGCCAGGGAAGCUGGCACUAAAGGACCAGGGAGCAAUCAUGAAAGUGAAAAUAGCAGUAGUGUGGACUCUCUGGGCCUCAAAGUGAAAAAUCUUCUGCAGCGUGAAAGUCUUGUGAUGCAUGCCGCACAGUGGGUAGAGGAGGAGUGCCAAGGUGGGCGUGGUAAGACACAAGUCUCGGCUGCAGCUGGCAUAGCUUGCAGUGAAGGUAGCGCUGGUAUCCAAGGAAGCGACAACAGCAGUAGCUUGGACUCUCUGGCUGCCCGGGUCAAGAUGCUUCUGGAAGAUGAGCAACCUGUGAUGCAUGCAACGCAGAUACUACGGAGUGCGGAGGAAGAUGAGAAGAAAGCACGAGCCUGGGUAAAACUGAAGCUGGCUGCUCAUUCUGCAGACUUUGUGACUGACUUAACUGAAGAGGACCAACAGAAGAUAGACGCAAUCAAGAGGGAGUAUCUUCUGGGUGCCAGAAAAGCUGGAAUUGUUAAGGAUCAGCUGUGGGGAAAUGGCUGCGAAAGAAUUUCCAGUCACAGCCCUGUUCAGAAGCCAGACCCGGGGCACUUAAACAUUCCAAGUGCCGAUGAUCUGCAAGUGGGCAUUCCGACACAAAGUUUCAGACUAGUUGAGUUUCCAGAAGUAGCACUGCAGGCCAGACCAGUGUGUGGAACUGACUGUGCCCUUCCAAGUGACCCAGGGGUUAGUUCUUUGAGCAGCAGCCAAAAUUAUGUCUGUAACCCACUUCAAACACAUUCUGAUGAUCUUGUGGACUCCAGACAUAAUGUUCACGUUUCCUUGCAUGACAACCCAGACACGGGACUGACAGACUCCUCCAGUGCACUCACUGUAGAGGAAGCAAACGUCUUGGCCCAGGAAACGUUGACUGUGGGCAAUUCUUCUGUGGAACCUGCCAAGCAAAUUACUUCUAUCACUUUUGCAUCUCGUAAACGGACCUCAUCUCCUCCAGCUUCCCCUGUGACCUAUGCUGGCCAUACUGAAGCCGUUCCUUGUGGUCUAGGGCCUUUGGACGCCCAUCCUGCUAAUACUGAGCGGCUGCCCAAAACUCUUCAAACCUUUGCUUCUGCAAACCCAGCCACCACUCAUUCACUUGAUGCUAGACUUGCUUCAAGCAGAGACCACCAUCAGCAUCACCCUCAGCACGUCAGCAAAGAGAGAUCUUUUCGAGAAGAAUCUACUGCAUCAGCAGAGACGUCCCAAGCCAACUCUGUUGAACAAAAGAUCCACACUGUUUCCGAUAACUGUGAGGAAGCACAGGCUUCUUUUCAAAUUCUAACUGGGUUGAGAAGACAUGACAGGCCUAUAGGUGGUGUUUAUGACCAGGAAUGUAAUCCAGAAGAAACAGUCACUGAUCAACCGCUUUCCAUAAACUCAUCUCAACAAAAGAUAGACAGUGCUUUCUUCCAGAACCAGUUGACAGACAGCUUGGAAAAAAUUGUCUGUAUGCCUAAAACAGUUUCUCCUAAAGGAAAGGAGAGUAUUUUGACAAAAGAGGACAAAUUCACCAUUGGUUCUUAUUCUUGUGGGUUGGAAGAUGCAAACCUUGGGAACAGCAAUCUGUUGCCUUCAUCCUCCACAGAUCAUACUGUGGUGAUUAUGCCAGUAUCACCUUCAUCACCAACCAAGAAAGCUCUGUCUGGAGUCCAUAUUACUCUGUCCCCAAAACGUAUUGAUUUGGGCCUUUCAAGCCCAAUGGACUCUGGAGCUGAAAUGAAACGAGUUGAUGAGCUUAAGACAAGCCCUUGGCCAGCAAAUUCAAAUGCUCCAAGUUUUUUCUUGGAAGCUACCUCCAAGUUAAAACCCACAGAACUUUCUCCAAAGACCCAAGACUCUGCAUACUUUCCAGGGCCAACACCAUCAUCAGAUUCUCAUGACAGACAUUCACAUAUUCCAGUUGCAGUAAAGCUAGCCGCACAGCAAAGUUGGGAGCCACCUGAAAGCAGAGUGAAAUUUCCAGUCCCCGAUCAAAGAAGUGCUAGAGUUCUGGGCUCUGGUAGAAAGAGCCUAGAAGAUAAUUUCAAGACCACAACUUCUUCUCAGACUGAAAGAUUGCUAUCUGAUGCCAUCACUCAAAUAACAGAAAGCCCUGAAAAGACAACCUAUUCUGCAGAAAUAUUUGUUAACAAUGAUGUGAUUAGUGCUCCGAGAUCAUCUCACCAGAAGAGCCAUGAAAUUCCAAGCCCCACAACACCUGCUCUGAAACAGUCCCUCUUUUAUAACCCACAGACUGGUAAGCCGCCACUGUUGCUGCCAUAUAAACCACCCGGGAGCAUGGAGAUGUACUACGUCCCUUGUCCAAAAGAAACACUCAGAUUAUCGCGUGUCAGGUCAGAGACUACCAUGGAGAGCUCCCAUUCAGGGUCAAAUGAUGCAAUUCCUCCAGAAUUUCCAGCGCAGACACUUGGCUCAGGGGUUGUGACUCCUCCAGAUGCUGUAGCUAUCAAGCACAAUGAGGGUAUUUAUAGUAAAAGGGUUGCACCCAAGGUUGCUUGGACAGAAGAAAAAAUCGCAGCACAAGAAGGUGUCAAAGCAAGUGCCAAGACCAGAAAUCCCUGGGAAUCUGUUAACACUACCCAUUCAGUCUUUGGGUCUGCUCAGUUUUACCUGCACCAUCCAGUGCCUCUGCAGCACGAAAUCGACUUCCUCGCUGGGAGUCAGGUCUUGGGGCAGCAUGCCGAGAGUGGGCACCCAGCAGCUGCUUCAAGAGACUUCUUGCAGAACAAAGGGGCGCCAGAGAGAAGCCAGGCCCCUUUCUCUCUGCGUCAGCCAACAGGGCAGGAGAGUUUUUCUCCACUGAAUGCUGAACCCGAUUACAGUUUGCUGGAGGAAUCCAGGCUCAAGGAGGCUUUUAAGAGAGAGUCUCCAAGAAAGGAACUAACCCAGCCUGAGGUGUGGAAAACUGGCCAGAAAUUAGCCAAAGGUCUCCUGCUUCCAAGCAGCCAAAUGACUAGCCUCAAAGAGAAGCAGGCAGCUGAUCUGCCAAUGUUGCAAAGUUCUUAUUUCACUGGCAGUUUGGAUGAACUCUGGACUAAGUACUUAGAGCGUCAAAAGCAGCACCAGCAGCGUAAUCCUGGUGGCCGCAGCAGAAGUGAGCUGUCGCUAGUAGAGCGACUUGACCGAUUAGCUAGACUCCUUCAAAAUCCCAUCAGACAGUCACUCGUAUCUGAUCGUACCAAGGAUGAACAGAGCAGUGUCCAAGUGGAAGCAAAGAGGAAAGAGCCAAAGAAGGUCAGAUCCCAAGAAAAAAUGGCACUCCCAAGUAACCUGGCAACCCAUAGCAACGUAGGAAAGAUGGAACAGUGUCCCGAUAGCAUCAGCAAUGCACAGCUGUCCAGAUCCAGAGAUGCCACAGCUACUGGUCACACUAGAGUCUUGGAACAACUUCAAGACUUGGAGACUCAGAGCAACACCUCUUCAGAGAUGAGGUCUGCCAAAGACUCCAGUGUGUUCACUGACCUCAGCACCUAUGAAUCGGAUGUGACAGCCCAAGCAGAGACAGAAACGGCCACUCAGACAGAGGCAAGUGUCUCCGUUUCCACCAUCGACACAGCCAGACUGAUCAAGGCUUUUGGACAUGACAGAGUGCAAGUAUCUCCAAAACUGUCUCAGCUGUACAGCACUAUCAACCUACAGAAGACCCGUUCUGAAAAAUGGGCCAAAGGAAGCAGAAAAGCCACUGGAGCUCGUGUUGAGCAAAAAAGAAAAGAGGCUGAGGCAACAGCCUCUGUCAUUUCAUCAGAUUCUAUUUCUACUGUUGCUGGUUCCCGAGGACCAAGCUCUGCUCUCAGUAACAAGCGGAACACACGGAUGUUAAACAAGGCCAUCCAGACAGGAGACUUUGAGAUAGUCCACAGUGCAACGAAGAAGCACACUCGCGACGUUGGCCUGACUUUCCCCACCCCAACGUCCAGCCAAGCGCAGCUGCAGGGAGCCCCCAGGAGUGGCCCCGAGGAGGAGCUUGUUCAGCCCGAUGGACUCCCUUCAGGAAGCCAGGGCAAGCCGAAGAGACAGCCAAGCAGCUUCCUUGUGGAAAGAAGGCCCAGGAGGAGUAAGCCCCGGUGGCUGCAAGGAGUUUCCUGGUUUGUUUCUGCUGAGGAUUUAAAAUUGGACCCCCAGCAAGGAAAUGGAUCCAACUAUAUCACUGACCCCGGCCCUUUGUGGUUUGAACCAGAGACCAGCACCAAGCCGUGGCGAGAGCCCCUCCGAGAGAAGAACUGGCAAGGGGACCGCAGGGGCCUCCAGGUGCGUCAGACAGCCCCAGCACGAGACGUUGAGAAUAAGCCACCCCCACCUUUUGUGAAAAUGACACUGCAGGAGGCUCUUGCGUUGCACCGUCCUGAUUUCAUUUCCCGCUCUGGGGAACGUGUGAAACGCCUGAAGCUAAUCAUGGAAGAAAGGAAGCUGCAGAAUGUGCUCCAGAGCGAGAGAGAAGAAUUAUUUAAUCCUCCCGAGGAGAGGAGGGGUUACAGGCAUACCAGUUCCCUUCAGAACAGAGACUACCGGGCUAUACGGAGGAAAAGAGCCAUUUCCAAGAGUGAAAUGGUGCAGAGAUCCAAACGGAUCUAUGAGCAGCUGCCUGAGGUGCGAAAAAGGCGAGAAGAAGAGAAGAGGAAAUCGGACUAUUCUACAUACCGCCUAAAGGCCCAGCUAUAUAAAACGAAAGUCACCAACCGCCUUUUGGGAAGAAAAGUACCUUGGGAAUAAUGUUGGAAACACAACCUACGAAAGGGUCGCCUUCUGUUUCAAUAAAAUCUAUCCCACCUAGCGAGCCUUCAGCACAUUCCCUGUGUGAGCUGAAAUUUUGUGUGGCAAGAUGACUCGGGCAGUUUUCCAGUUAUGCAGAAUAGGUUUCAUGAACUUCAAUCAGCAUCCAUGUGGGCCCAUCCCAGCGUCUAUACUAAAAAACCAGUGAUCUCAUGAAAAUUUUCUUUUUGAUAUCAGGUUUCUGAUAAAUAAUUGAUGUUUAGUAGUGCAGCGAUCUCUCUCUCAGAUUAAAGUCACUUAUAAAUUAAUUUAUAACAAAAAAUAAAUCAGUGGUUUUGGGGGUGUAUGUGUAGCUUUUUUUGUUAUUUAUUUUUAAUACUUACAUUCAGGGGUUUUGUACUUUUUUAAUAGUAGAAACUUUUGCCUGUACUUUUGUUUUUCUACUGCUGGGAAGAAAAAUUAAAUACCUUAAGACUCUG